AUGGAUUUUAGUGAGACACAGUAUGAAAAGUACAAUGAGAUUGUUUUAGAUUCCAACUUACUUGUAAAGCGCUACCACCUGUCCAGUUUUGGUGUAGUAUUAAAGACAAAUAUCCACAGUUAUCUGAAAAGGCUGUUUAAUGCCCUGAAGGUUCCUGUGCCAGAGGAUAAAUAUACUGUUCAGGUGGAUCCUGAAGAAAAAGAAGAUGUGAAAAGUUGUGCCGAGUUUUUGUCUCUCUCAAAGGCCAGGAUUGAGGAAUAUGAAAAAGGGCUGGAGAAGAUGAGAAACAUAAUUCCAUUUGAUCAGAUGACCAUUGAGGACCUGAAUGAAGUCUUCCCAGAAACCAAAUUAGACAAGAAGUAUCCCUAUUGGCCUCACAAGCCAAGUGAGAAUUUAUAA